AUGGCGACGUUUACGACGCUCUUGCAAGAGACGAUAACGCAAAACAAAUUAUCUAGCUCGCGUGUAGCGCGUGUCACAGACAGUGCUGUAGCAGCCAUGUCGGAUCCUGCCGGAGUUGCGAAAAGCAUGGUCCAUGCACAUCUGCAUUCAGCUCCGAAAACCAAGCUAGUGUCGCUGUAUCUUUUUGAUGCUGUUGCACGGCAUGCCCAGGAUAUCGUGCGACGCAACGGGGCGGAGACAAAGCACGGGAAAGCACCGCACACGCUUGUGGAAGAAGCGUCUGUAUUCCUGCGUGUGGCACAAGAAUCAGCAGCACAGAUUGGGAUCGACUGCUUGGAGCAUUCGCCACCCGAGCAGAUCGACAAAGUGCUCAAGGUGAUUGAUAUUUGGGGCCGUGCAGGCACGUUUCAGGCCAAGAUUCUGCAGCGCAUCCAGGAUCAUGCACCUGGGAAAGACGCAAUGCUUUCGCCCUCUCGCGAUAGUGCUACUGGCUUGCCUGCUAAUGUACUUGCUUUGCUCGGUGGGGCGAGCGGCCCCUCGGGCGCUAUCUCGCCCGCUGUGCCAUCCGGCGCGCGCAGCACGACGCCACCGCUUCCGGUGGACCCACGCAGAUCUCACGUAACUAUGGACCCACGUCAUAUAGCGGGAAAACGAGUGGAUCCACGGCGUGUGAAGACGCGCUCAGACCCAAGGAGGCCUGCCGAUCCACGUGCCGAGCAGCCUACAGCAGUGGACCCACGCACGGCCAUUCGCGCUGACGAUCCGCGCAUGGAGUCUCGUGCGGAUCCACGCAUCGCAUCGCGGGAUCCCCGCGCCCAGCGCCGCGCACCCGCACAGAGUUCCCCUCCUCCAACAGACCUUGGCGGAUUUGACCAGUCGAAGUUUGACCCUACCGAUCCUACGCAAUGGCAGCACCUUUCUGUCUUGUGGAAGAACACGUAUCAUUAUGAGCCGAGCGCCCAAGAGCUGAUGAUGGCACUGAUGUCUGGUACGCUAUCAAAAGAACCCGAUGCACGCUGGGCGGCAAUGUCGGGAAUGAGCAUGCCCGGAAUGGGAAUGCCAGGGAUGGGCAUGCCCGGGAUGGGCAUGCCAGGGAUGGGAAUGCCAGGGAUGAGCAUACCCGGGAUGCCCAUGCCCGGGAUGCCGAUGCCGAUGCCGGUCCCCGGCAUGUCCUCGCCACCCCCCAAUGGCGCACGCUCACCCCCAGCCGCGACGCACGACCCACGCCGCGCCCGUAGAAAUGCCUAG